AUGUCGUCUGGUUCCAAGAGUCUCCACAACUCUGCUGUCCCUGCUCUCCAAUGGGCCCACUCCUCCUCCUCCUCCUCCGAUCAUCCUGUCAAGCCAUCUUCUCCACUCGUGUCCGAUAAGCUGAUCAAAGAGGAAACAGCCCCACAACAAGCUGAAGUUGAUUUAAGGGCCCAGCCAAGAAAUCUGAGGCCCAGAAAGCCUCGUAUGCAAGGAGGUGAUGCAGGUGGGCCCCGCAGAAGCUUGAGAAAUGUUAAAGAGCCGAAGCUGCCGAAGCUUCGUAUCUCCCUAACCGAGGAAGAGAUCAAAGAAGAUCUGUAUUCCAUGACAGGUGGAAUACCAACCCGAAAGCCCAACAAAAGGUCCCAGAGUGUGAAGGCAGACCUUGAUAAGCUGUUUCCUGGAUCGAAACUGGAUGGAAUCGGUGCCGAUAACUAUUGUGCUGAAAGAGGCUUUAAAAUUUGA